UUAUCUAGUCAGAGUGAAGUCAUCACAAGAGUCGUUCAGAGACUGUGUGAAAAAAGAAAGAAGAAUAUCCUUGCAUAUGGAUACUCCUUACUGGAUGAAAACAGUUCUGAUUUCCAAAUCAUGCCCUCUUCAAAUAUAUACAGCUACCUACCCAAUACUGCGACAGAAACUAUUCGUAUCAGCGGCCUCUGGGAAACACUGCUCAGCAGGAUAGGGGAUGAUGUGAUGAUGUAUUUGUUGGAACACUGUGCGAUCUUUAUGCUGGUUCCUCCUAGUAAUUGUUAUCAAGUUUGUGGGCAACCAGUUUAUGAACUUAUUUCACAUAAUGUAGACUCAUCCCCAGUGUUUGUUAAACAGAGGUUUUCAAAGCAUCAACGUAGUAGCUUGCUUGACUAUAUGCGAAAAAGGCUUCUGUUUCAUAAAAGGUAUCUUUCAAAGUCACAUUGGUGGAAAUGCAGACAAAGGCUUGAAACUGAUGUCUCCAGCAUGGGAAAUAAAAAAAAAAACAAGAUACAAAGCUUAAUGUCUGGUUGCCAGUAUUCUGCAAAAGGUGUUUCUAAAGCAAGCAAACAGAUCAGAAUGGUUACUGAACAUCUGGAAAAACAGACUAGCUCCAGUUUAUGUUUGUCAGCUAUGGCACCGUCUUUAAAAAGGAAGCUUGAUAGGGAACAACUUGAAAUUCCAGCUAAGAGAGCAAAAGUAGAGGACAAAGUGAGAGAGGAAAAGGCAUGUAAUUUCACUCCUGAUGUAAAUCAAAGUAGUUCCAAGAGGUACGGAGCUGGGUAUGUAGCAUCGCAUUAUGUAAGUCUCAUUAAAAACCCCCACAUUUCUGAAAGAAGUAACAGUGAUGUGUCUGGUCCUUCUUUAGUUCACACGUCUCGUGACAGGAAGGAGUUUGUGGCAGGUGAAAGCUCUUUCCUGCAAGGAGUUCAGAGUAACAAACCUUUAAAGUCCAGCAUUGAAGUGCAAGCAGAAUCCCAUAGGAAGGAAGUAGAGAUGCAUGUGUCUAAAUCUCAGUUGGAUUCUGUACAAAUAAAACCCACAGUGGGUAUUUCAUCAAAAUGCAGAAGGCGGGAAAGUCCCCUAGCUCAUUUGGCAAAGAAGUUACCAAACACGCUCUUGCGUUCUGCAGUGUAUAUUGACAGGAAGCUGCUUCUCUAUUCUCGGAGGAGUUUCCAAGAAUGUUUUCCUAAAUCGUUUUUAUUGAAUCGCUUGCAGGGCUGUCGGGCAGGUGGAAGACGGCUGAUAGAAACUGUAUUCUUAAGCCGAAAUCUGUUGGAGCAAAAGCGCAACCAAAGUCUGGCACAUCACAACUGGAGAAAGAAGAGGUUGCCCAAACGCUACUGGCAAAUGAGACAUACGUUUCAGAAACUGGUGAAGAACCAUGGAAAGUGCCCUUACUUAGUUCUCUUGAAAAAAAAUUGCCCUGUCUGGAUAUCUGAAACCAGCGUGAGAAAAACUGAGCUGCCUUGUCAGGCAGCCGUGCCUGGGAAAGCAGAGGUUCAUCAGCAAGCACAACAGUUUGGGAAGGAGCCUACUCAGUGUGUGACAAGCAGCAGAUGUGAAUCUGGCCGCACUGGUGUGCCAGACAACUUGCGCGCUCCUCUUGCCAAAUCUGUGCAUGGGGAGUCGCAGAGUGAGGAGCAAAACCUGGGAGAGGUGUGUGAUUCAGCCCUCAGGGAGCUCCUCAAGCAGCACACCAGCCACUGGCAGGUGUACAUCUUUGUGAGGGAGUGCCUGGAGCGGGUCAUCCCCGCUGAGCUUUGGGGUUCAAACCACAACAAGUGCCGGUUCUUAAAAAAUGUGAAAGCAUUCAUUUCCAUGGGGAAGUUUGCUAAGCUUUCAUUGCAGGAGCUGAUGUGGAAGAUGAGAGUGAAUGACUGCAUGUGGCUUCGUCUAGUCAAAGGUGAUCACUUUGUUCCUGCCUAUGAACAUUGUUUCCGUGAAGAACUUCUGGCUAAAUUCCUGUACUGGCUGAUGGGUACCUAUGUUGUUGAGUUGCUCAGGUCAUUUUUCUAUAUCACCGAGACCAUGUUCCAGAAAAACAUGCUUUUCUACUACCGAAAGUUUAUUUGGGGCAAGUUACAGAACAUUGGAAUUAGAAACCAUUUUGCCAAAGUACAUCUACGUGCUUUAUCUUCAGAGGAGAUUGAAACUGUCCGUCAAAAAAAAAUUGUUCCUGUGGCAUCAAAGCUCCGGUUCAUUCCCAAAGCAAAUGGGUUAAGACCCAUAGUUAAAGUGAGCGGUGUUGUUGAAGCACGAGCAUUCAGCAGGGAAAGCAGAGAAAAGAAGAUGCAUCACUAUAACACUCGACUAAAAAAUCUGUUUAGUGUGUUAAAUUAUGAACGGACUAUAAACACCAGUUUUAUUGGCUCUUCGGUGUUUGGCAAAGAUGAUAUCUACAAGACAUGGAAGAAGUUUGUUACGAAGGUUCUUGAAUCAGAUGGUGAAAUUCCUCAUUUCUACUAUGUAAAGGCUGAUGUGUCCAGGGCUUAUGAUACCAUUCCUCACAAUAAACUUGUGGAAGUGAUUUCACGGAUCUUAAACCCUGAGAAAAGAACCGUCUACUGCAUACGGCGCUAUGCUGUGAUUAUGAUUACCACAAGUGGAAAAGCCAGAAGGUUCUAUAGGAGACAUGUUUCUACUUUCAAGGAUUUUAUGCCAGACAUGAAGCAGUUUGUGUCCCAGCUUCAGGAGAAUGCCUCAUUGCAAAAUGCAAUAAUAGUUGAACAGAGCUUAACUUUUAAUGAGACAAGUUCCAGCCUAUUUGCUUUUUUCCUUCAAAUGAUACAUAACAAUAUCCUGGAGAUUGGGAGCAGGUACUACUUACAGUGCUGUGGAAUUCCACAGGGCUCCAUUUUGUCAACCUUACUUUGCAGCUUGUGCUAUGGAGACAUGGAAAACAAAUUGCUCUGUGGAGUACAACAGGAUGGAGUCCUAAUACGCCUUAUUGAUGACUUUUUGCUGGUUACACCACAUUUAAUGCAGGCAAGAACUUUUCUAAGGACUCUAGCAACAGGUAUUCCUGAGUAUGGCUUUUUAAUAAACCCCAAUAAGACAGUCGUGAAUUUUCCUGUUGAUGAUAUCCCAGGAUGUUCCAAAUUUAAACAGCUGCCAGAUUGUCGUUUGAUCCCAUGGUGUGGUUUAUUAUUAGAUAUACAGACACUUGAGGUUUACUGCGAUUACUCCAGUUAUACUUGUACUUCUAUCAGAUCAAGUCUUUCCUUCAAUUCAAGUAGAACAGCUGGGAAAAACAUGAAAUACAAAUUGAUUGCAGUCCUCAAACUGAAAUGCCAUUGUUUGUUUCUUGAUUUACAGAUCAACAGCCUUAGAACAGUUUUCAUUAACAUCUACAAGAUAUUUUUACUUCAGGCUUACAGGUUCCACGCAUGUGUUCUCCAACUUCCGUUCAACCAGCAAGUUAGAAAUAAUCCUGAUUUCUUCCUCAGGAUCAUCUCUGAGACUGCAUCAUGCUGUUAUGCUAUCCUGAAAGCAAAAAACGCAGGGGUUGCUUUAGGUAGCAAAGGUGCAUCUGGCAUGUUCCCUUUUGAGGCAGCAGAAUGGCUCUGCUACCACGCCUUCACUGUCAAACUGGCAAACCACAAAGUUGUUUACAAAUGUCUACUUAAACCCCUAAAAAUCUGUAAGUGGGGUCACUUUGAAACAGAAGCACUUGCUGUGCUGCAUGUGCUUCAUUGUAAUAGAGUUGAGUGGUGGUGGCAAAUCUCUGACUCUUCUACUCAGUGA